AUGACUGCUGGAGACUGGCUCCGGUUAAAUGUGCACUGUAAUGGAGAUAGUGGAACAUGUAGAUGCGAUAAGAUUGGCAGUAUUUCUGCCAGAAAAGAGGUCAGUCCUAGUAAUGCAAGGGGUUUUGUUGCAUAUACUCAUGAACUAAAGGAUGGAACACCAUUUACCCUUAAGAAAGAUAUAGGUGGUGAUAAGUUAGGUGAUAAUGGAGAAGACAUAGAAGGUGUUACCAAGGUAUCGGUAUAUUACUGGGAUGCAGACAAAGAUCGCAAGAAGCCACUUGUUAUUAAGGUCAUCAGGAAGGAUCAUCAAAGUCAGCCAGAGUACUACUAUAAACAAGAUAAUGGUGAGAAUGAAGCACAGAACAAAGAUGCGACUACUUGGGUACAUCACGGAUAUGUGGAAGGAACAUCACUACAGACAAGACUUGAUGACCGCAAUGCUGCUAUAAACAAUGUCUUACCAUUUGAUAUCGAAUAUCCUGCUAAAUAUCUCAAUUUUAGUUCUCAUCGCACGAAAGGUAAAGGUAUAGAGUCUUCUGGGCAAGCUCCUCAGCUUAAUGGAACAGAAUAUGUUACUACGUCCUAUAAAAUCAAUGGUAUAGAUGGUAAUACAGGAAUUUCCAGAAUAGAGUAUAAAAAGGAAAAGAUUAAGGAUAUUAUUAUUCCUCCUGGUGGUCAAAUAAAUGGAAUAAGACUCUAUUCCAACACGGGGAUUUCUCCUGUACCUAUCAUGUUUGAAUUUAUGAAGAGUGGUCAAGAGGAAUCUACUUGGUACUAUAGUAAGAGUCCUGAUGGUACUGAGUGGCAAGAAGUUUAUGACCGUGGGAAUACAUUUUAUAUCAAUGGUCAGCCUACUGAAGAACUUGCCAAGAAGUUGGAUGGACUUUCUUGCGAAAACUAUAAAGCAGUUACUAUUGAUCUUUCGUAUGGUAACUCUAUUGGAAAAGGUCAGGCUUGUUCCGGCAGUAAGGAGCAGAAAAUUACUGUUACCACUGGGGAGAUUGCAAGGGAAGGUAUUGGAAAGGCGGGAUAUACCAAAUACUCAAUCAGGGACGAUUCUAAGCUGGCAGAUAUUAAGUUCUAUCUUGCUACUGAUACAUCUAAAGAAAAUAGGAAGCGUGUUAAGUCUAAUGCAUUACACUUUCCCAUGAAUGGUCCGGUAGAAAUUUACACGUUUUAUUCUGACAAGCAUAACCCAAUCCUGAUUUAUCUUGAUGAUUCUAAAAGUAACAAAAAAUCCUCUACAGGGUGGUACAGAAUGCAAAGUAAGGGUGGUUAUACAAAAGCGUGGAAAAAGACUUCCGCUAGACUUAAAGGUAUUAAUAAGACAGAAAUAGACGGUCGCAAUCUUGGGUGCAAACAAUGGAACAAAUUUACAGGAGUGCUAAGAGACCGUGGUACUAGUGGAUUGCAAGAAUGUACUCAAGAGACUGCUAAACUAGGACGUUCUGAAAGCGCUGAAGAAACCGAAGGAGUAGUAUCUACUGGAGACCAAGAAGAUGAGGAAGACGAAGAGGAAGGUAGUGAAUAUGAAAACUCUAGUGACGGUGAAGGACCUCCUGAAGUUCCUCCUCAACGAGCUACUCGCGGUGAAAAAGAUGGUAAACCUGAAGGUCAAGUUACUCAAUCUACUGCCUCUGAAAAAUCUACUGAAGGAGCUAAAGGAGUCUCUAGUGAUAGUUCAUCUAGUAGUGGAAUUACUGUUACUCAAAUUAAAGCUCUUGAUAAUUCUGUUGGACUAUUAACUACUACUUCUCAAGGGAAGUAUGCAGUACUAGGUGCUACUCAAGAAGGUACGGCUUAUAUUGGUGAUAGUUCUGAUUCUAGUGACUCUAGUGGUAGUAAAACUGAAGGUACUCAUACUAAUGAUGGACCUGAUGUUACUCCUGCUGAAGAUGGAGCUCAAACUGCUAGUUAUCUUGAUAAAGUUGGAACUGGGAGAGACCCUGAUGUAAAUAAUCAGGAUACUAAUAGGGUAAGUGGAAAUAGUAAUUGGUCAUUUGAUUCAGCUGUGGCUGGUCUUGGAGGACUAGUUGCUGGAGUGGUUGAUGCUCUACUUAAAACCUCUCUUCAAAAUUCUCAAGAGCACAAACUUUCUAAAACUUCUGAUCAUUAUGACUCUUCUGACACUCAACGACGUGUUGGUAGAACAUUUCCUCAAGCUGCUGAUCUUCAACGUGGAUCAGGCUCUGUUGCUAGAACUAGUCAGUCCAGUAUAGGCGGUGAAAAAGGUCCUUCUGAACCUGCUGAACUUACUGCUGAUAAAAAGGGUGAAGGUACUCCUAUUACUGUUAAAGAUAGCGGCAAUGACGAUGCCAGUGAUACUACUGGAUCCGGAGUUACUCCUGUUCCUCCUGGACCUACUUCUACUACUACUCCUCUUACUCAACCUCCUGAAACUACUCCUCCAGCUCCUUCUGAAGAACCUCAAGCUGAAGCUGCUGGUAGUCCAUCUCCUGUUCCUUCUACUCCUCCUGGUACUGCUUCUUCUUUUACUGGCGUUGUUGAAACUGCUGCUACCGGUUCUGUACUAUGGACAGCGUUUGGAUCUACCUCCGGUACUCUUGCCGGAAGUGCCGCAACAUUUUUUGGAGGAUGGAAACUUUAUAAUCGCUAUAAGGGAGACCCUUGGGUUAGACAGAUUUAG